GUGUGUGUGUGUGUGUGUGGCCAUAAGCAUGUCGCAUGCUAUAUUAUUUGAGGUUAGGCUGUCGGUCUAAUAAUCGUUAAGUUUGAAUUAUAAAUAUUAGUGAUUGUACGAAUUUACAUAUACAUCUUUUGAUGUAGAAAAUUCAGAACAAAAUAUAAUUUUCCAAAAAAUUGAAGAUAAUUGUCAAUAUUGUCUCUAGGAUAACAAAUGUAUUACAAGAUGAACGCUCGUUCUUUAUUAAGGUUAUGUUUCACCAGAAACAAUUUUGACAAACACAGAUUUUACUGCAGCAGAAAUAUAUUGAAACUUCAUGAAAGAGGCAUGUACGAGGAUUUAUUUCCUGAUACCAGUACAAAUGAAAUAACAGAUUUACUGAACAAAUCACCCCAAUGUGUCUAUGCUGGCUUUGAUCCAACAGCAGAUAGUUUACACAUCGGCAAUCUACUUAUCUUAAUGAAUCUCUUGCAUUGGCAAAGAGCGGGACAUCAAGUUAUAGCUUUAGUAGGAGGGGCUACAGGUUUGAUAGGUGAUCCUAGUCAUAGAAAAUCUGAACGCAUCGAAAUGGAAAAAUAUUUGAUUGAAGAAAAUGUUAAAUCUAUUACAAAGAAUAUAGAGACUAUAUUUAAUAAUCAUGAAAAUUAUCUUUGGAAAAAGAAGAAAGAAGCACUGAAACCUCUGAUUAUAGUGAAUAAUUUGAAAUGGUAUACAGAUGUAAAUGUUAUAGAAUUUGUUAGGAGUAUUGGAAAGUACUUUCGAAUGGGCACGAUGCUGGGCAGAUCCUCUGUACAGUCGCGAUUAAACUCUGACACGGGAAUGAGCUUUACUGAAUUCACGUAUCAAGUAUUCCAAGCAUAUGACUGGCUACAGCUGAUGAAAAAUUAUAAAUGCCGCUUUCAGAUUGGUGGCAGUGACCAGAUGGGUAAUAUUAUGUCUGGAUAUGAUUUGAUUACAAAGAGCACAAAAAAAGAGGUUUAUGGCAUAACAUUGCCGCUCAUAACAGCCGAAGGUGGAAAGAAAUUUGGAAAAUCUCUUUUGAAUGCAGUGUGGCUAUCCCCGACGAAAUCGUCAAGUUUUCAACUAUAUCAAUAUUUCAUUAGAACUAAAGAUUCUGAUGUUGAAAAAUUCUUAAAAUUGUUCACAUUUAUACCGCUAAAUAACAUUACUGAAAUUGUCGAUGCUCAUAUGAAGGAUCCAGAACAGAGACAAGCGCAAAAAUUGUUGGCACAGCAAGUUACACUUUUAGUACAUGGAGAAGAUGGAUUGUUGGCGGCAAAACGGGCAUCUGCAGCAUUAUAUGAUAAGUCAAUUGAAUCGUUUAUAAGACUGAACGCAUCGGAAUUAACGCAUGUAUUUGAAGGCGCAACCAUAGUAGACAUCAUAGCAGAACCAGGGCUCACUAUAUAUGAACUAGCAAAAAAAGUAAAAUGCUUUAAAACCGAUCAUGAUGCUGAACGAAUCAUAACAGCAGGUGGAUUUUAUGUAAAUUAUCAAAGAAUUACUAAUUUAAAUGAAGUAAUUGUACCUGGCAUCCAUAUACUAAGUAAUAAUUUAUCAUUGCUUAGAGUAGGUAAAAAGUCGUAUCAUAUAGUCCGAUGGCAAUGAGAUUAUUAAUAAAAAAAAUUGUAUAGAUAUAAAA